AUGGUCUACAAACUCACCACUCUCCUCGCCAUGACGCUUUCUGCCACUCUUGUCACGGCAUCAGCAAUUGACAAGAGAAUCGUUGGCGGUGAAGAGGCUAAACUGGGCGAAUUCCCAUUCAUCGUGAGCAUUGACGCGAUGAACGGUCAUCCGAUCCAGCAAUGCGCAGGCACUCUGGUGGACAGCAAGACAGUCGUCACUGCCGCCCAUUGCCUUGAGCAAGUCAUCUGGUGCCGCGAACAGGCAGGCCGGUGCCCGGGUACCGUAUUCAAUGUCAGGGCAGGAUCUCUGGCAAGAGAAAAGGACGGAGUGCUCGUCGAUGUUCAGAACUUUCAUAUCCACCCCAGCUAUGACAACAAGGUCGGCUCCGCCAACGACAUUGCCAUUCUCAAGCUCGCCGCCGAGAUUAGCGAAAGCGCCUCGGUCAAGUACGCAAAGCUGCCGGCCAGCGGCUCCGACCCCGCCGUGGCGUCGGGCGCGAUGGUGGCAGGCUGGGGAACGAUUGCGCCAGGCGCACCCGUCGCCGAAACCCUUCGCCGGGUGAACGUGCCCAUUCUCACGCGCGGCGACUGCGCCGGCGCGGUCGACACCAUGGUCUGCGCCGGCGCGCCGGGCAAGGACUCCUGCCAGGGCGACAGCGGCGGCCCCCUGGUCGACCAGGCGUCGGGACAGCUCAUCGGCGUCGUGUCGUCGGGUGUCAGCUGUGGCACCAAGGGUCUUUACACUCGAGUGGCUUCCUUUGUCCCCUUUGUUGAGGAGUACCUGGGCGAGGCUGGCUUCGAUCCGCGCCGCUGA